AUGUCUUCAGAGGCCGAUGAAGAGAGCUUAGACCUGUUCCAAGAACCUACUGAUUUCUAUGAACCAGAAAAGCAGGCAACGUUCGCGUCUCAUCAGCUGCUUUCCCGCAAAGAGCUCACUGUUCGAUUGGUCGGUCACAACCCUUUGUGGGGCCACUUUCUAUGGAACGCAGGGCGAACCAUAUCCGAUUACCUAGAGGAGCAUGCAGAUAAACUUGUAAAGGAUCGAACAGUACUUGAACUUGGCGCUGGAGCGGGACUUCCAAGCCUUGUCUGUGCUCUCAACGGUGCCACUCAAACGGUUGUCACGGACUAUCCCGACGCUGAGCUGGUCGAAAAUCUACGGUACAACGUCGACCAUUGUGAACUACUGUCUAAACCACCAAGGAUAGUGGCGGAGGGAUAUCUCUGGGGAGCGCCUACCGAAGACUUGAUGAAGUAUCUGCCAGAUGAUUCGGGCUUCGAUGUACUGAUUUUGGCUGACCUUCUGUUCAAUCACUCGGAGCAUGCCAAACUCAUCAAGACUGUGCAGCUGACCCUUAAGAAAUUACCGACAUCCCGAGCAUACGUCUUCUUUACACCAUAUCGCCCAUGGUUGUACAAAAAAGACUUGGCAUUCUUCGAUCUGGCUAAAGAUGCGGGUUUUACCGUCACUAAGACUUUCGAAAAGGUUAUGGAGAAGGUCAUGUUCGAGGAAGAUCCAGGGGAUGAGCUUCUUCGCCGGACCGUUUUCGGAUAUGAGCUGAGCUGGGAGGCUUGA